UCCUGCUGUUUGUGAUAACUCUUAAUGAAAUCAUGACAGAAAGUGAAGCAGAGGUAAGUUCUCAGGUAACAGGGCUCUUCAGGCUUACCUUACCUGAUAGAGUUGAUUGCCCACACCUGUUGAUCAGCGGUGGCACGUGCGUGUGCCUGUUGACCUCGAGCUCUCAGUGGAGAGUCUCUCUACGUUUUGACUGGUUUCGUUGUUUGUAAUGGAAAAACUAAUGCUGAUGUCAGCUGUCCUUAGUUAUUUUUGCACGGCUGUCCUACUGCUGCUGGUCACCUGCAGAUGCCCGCUGGUUACAUCUUCUAUGACUGCCUCCAAUGCGCUGCACAGCCUGGGCGACUUCACUUAUCCCUACGACAGCAUCUUCUCCCCGCUGCUCAAAGCCCUGUCAGAGCACGGAGGGUUGAGGUGGAACACAGGCCUGAAGAAAAGGUUGAAACCCGAGCACAGGUACAUGAAAUAUCUGGCGGAGGUUUACAAGAAGUCUUCCAGAUUGCAGAGGAGUUUGGACGGGAAUGAAAUCUACAACACAGUCCGACUGAUCAAGCCACAGGAUGAGUGUCUUGCACAAAAUAAUAAAGAGAGCUUUAUGCAGGAUCUUUCCUACAGCCUUGAUCAUGUAAGAAGAAGAGAACAGCUUCUGAAGUCGGCCCUGCUGUACAAUGUUGACCAUGACCGUGCAGCACCUUUCAACUCUGUGUGCUACUUGAGUAUUAAGGAGCAGGAGCACUCAAACCAGUGUCAUCUGUGUCCCGAGGUUCACAACACUGUGAACUUCACAGCCAGCACAGACGGGAGGAGCAGGAGGAACUGGGUGGAGGUUGACGUCACCUCGUUUCUCCAGCCUCUCUUAAAGUUUCAGAGGAAGAACAUACACCUGCUCAUCAACGCCACCUGCCCAGACGAACAAAGAGCCAGAGGUGAAGGGAGUGGAGGCCCGCUGAAGUUCACCUUGAGGUCUCCUCCUCUGCUUCUUUACCUCAACGACAUCAGCAAAAUCACCCACCAGAGGUUACUGGUCAAUGCCAAAGCGGGUAAAAGGCCAGCCACUGCGGCGAACACAUUUCACAAGCACAUGGUUUUCAAACCAGAACAGAAGAUUGGACGAAAGAAGAGAUGGAAGAGGCAAUCUCCAAAGAGCAAGCGAGGUGAUAAAAGUCUGAAUAUCAACCUGCCGGAGCUGCUUCCCAGCUCUGAGUUCCCGACAAGUGACUGCGCCUUGUAUGAUUUCAGGGUACAAUUCAGCCAGCUCAAACUGGAUCACUGGAUUGUUUUUCCACCAAAGUACAACCCCAGGUACUGCAGAGGCAUCUGCCCGAGGACUGUGGGCUUCAUCUAUGGUUCACCCGUCCACACCAUGGUGCAAAACAUCAUAUAUGAGAAGCUUGACUCCUCUGUGCCCAGGGCCUCGUGCAUCCCCUCCCAUUACAGCCCCCUGAGUGUCAUGAUCUUUGAAGAAGAUGGCUCCUAUGUCUACAGGGAGUUUGAAGACAUGGUUGCAACCAGGUGCACAUGUCGCUAAAGCCAGCUACUACAGUCAUCACAGGUGGACUCUUUCCAAAUAAUCAGAUACUCUGACCAGUAAUUUCAUGAAUUUAUAAAAUCGUUGUGCAUGAAAGAAGUUUGAUCUGGAGCAGGUGUGUCUACUUAAUCAAGUGUGUUUACUUACACAAAAAGUAUUUUAUCCUAAUGAAAAAUGUGGAAAGGUGACAUUUAUUUCCUUUUUGUUAAGGCAUGACAAGAAAAUAAAUGGUGCCAAUGCCCUUACUUGAAUCUGACACACUUGAAGAAGAAAACGAGUGUUGUAUGAUUUUGUAUGAUUUUGUAUGAUUUUUUUAAGUUAUUUUUUUUGUUAACUUAUUUUGGGUGGGUAGUCCGUCAUUAUCAUUUAAUUUAACAUCAAUUACCAAGUUUUAAGUAGCCCUGUUCUGGACAAAAAAUGAAAAAGCAGUCACAAACUCUUAUCAAACCUUUUACAUAUGGUUUUAUUCAUGGGCAUUACAGACAGCUGUCUGAACGGGCAGCUGUCUUCAUAGUGACUGAGUCACUGAGUGACUCCAUAUGUAUGAAUUGACUGCAUACUUAUGAAUUUGUACAGGUUGAAUGUGACUAAAUGCAUACCAUGUUAAUUUAUGCAAAUUGAAUGAGUUCACUGUGUGUCUGUGUGUCUGUGCUCAGCUUAGGGAUAUCCAAAAGAAUGAAAGUAUGUACAUAUUCUCUGAAAAGUUGGAAAAUAAAAAAUAACAUGCAUAAGUCCGCAUACAGCUGGCUGAAAAU